UUUCGCUAAAGUAGCGUAGGGGCGGGGGGAUUUAUCGACGUGCUGAGCGUGCCAAGAGAUCGCAUGCAACUGAACCUCCGACAACUCCAUGCCAGGUAGGAUUCUAGGAACCGGAGAGAAUUCGCACCGGCGAGCGAGGUUCGGAGGCAUGGCGUGGCCGUGCUAGUCUCGACAGCCAACACAGAGGUCAGCCACCCCAAUGCCCGGCUUAUUGCACAGCCCGUCAUCGCCAGCCCUCCGUGAUCACCGACUGUACCUUGGACAAUAUUCAUCGCGAUAAUGAAUUUGCAUAGCCAUGCCUCCAACCCACCUCGGACUUGUCACUCAAGGGAGGGAAGACUUACGCGGAGUAGUUACCGCUACGCCGCAGCAAGUCUUCGAUGCGAUCUCCGCGCUUUGUGCAGUCCUAUUUCUGCUCUACUUGCCUGUCCGGCUCAGGAAACUCCGCGCAUCCCGCCCAAACCCCAUCUCAAGCUGGCGAGGUCUGCCCAAAGCGGUUAUUGGCGUCUCGCUCUCUAUCGUGCUCUUGGCAUACUUGGCCAAGCCUCAUGUCUCACCCGCGCAGACCGAGACCACGGCUACCGUGUCUCUCGCGGUUUCGCUGGUCGCAGCGCUGGGAUUGAGCCUCUUAUUGUUUAUGGAGUCGCGCCGGUCCUCCACGCCUUCGGAUCUUGCGACUCUGUAUCUCCUUGCCUCCGCGGCGUGUGAUGCGGUGCUGCUGACCAUGCCGCCUGGGGAGCAUGCGCAUUUGGAAAGCCGAAAUCCGCUGAUUGCGCGACUUGUCAUGCAUUUGAUGCUUUUAAUACUCGAGUCCUGCGGGAAGCGCCCCGCACAAAGCGGUAAUACCGAUUCGGGGGGAUCUUGUGAAGAGUCGCAUGGUGUUCUGAGCAGAGUGUUUUUCAUCUGGAUCAACCCGAUCCUGCGUCGGGGCUACAGAAAUAUUCUCGGCCCCCAAGACCUUCCGCCUCUUGGCAAAGACAUGAAGCCGGGACUGAUGAGGAAGACGAUUCUACGGACGUGGACUCAGCGGGCGAAACCCGAGACAAAAAGAGCGUUGCCUUUAGCGGUACUGAAAUGCACGAGGAGCCCGUUUCUAGCCGCCAUCGUGCCACGACUAUUCCUGAUAGUCUUUCGGUAUUCUCAGCCCGUACUUAUAAAGCAGUCGAUCAGAUUUGUUACCAUGGCCCCUACGAACACGGUAGGUAAUUACGGUUAUUGGCUUAUCCUAUCAGCUGCGACCGUAUAUCUAGGCCUUGCGAUAUCCACUGCCGUGUACCAGCAUGCGUUGAACAGACUGAAGGUAAUCACUAAAAGUGCCCCAGUGGGCCUCAUCCAUCACAAGAUGAUGAAUUCACCCAACACUACCUAUGACAACGGCGAAGCAACCACACUCAUGAGCACGGAUGUAGACGGCCUGGAAGGGAUCGGUGAAAUGUUCCACGAAACUUUGGCUCAGGUCCUUGAAGUGAUCAUAGGUGUUGUCUUGCUGGCUGGGGAGGUGGGGUGGAUAUGGCCUCUACCCCUAUUUCUCGUCUACCUAUGUUCGUACGUGAGCCGCUAUGUCGCCAAACAUCUUCGGCCCCGACAAAAAGACUGGAAUACUGCGACGCAAAGUCGCGUUGCGGCUACGAGUUCUCUACUUAGCCACAUGAAAGUAGUUAAAAUGCUCGGAUUUCAGCAUCACCUUGCCUACCGAAUACAGCAACUUCGCGAAGUUGAGCUUUCAGUUGCUUCCAAAGUUAGAUGGAUGAUGGUUUACUAUAACGCAAGCGCUAAUGCGCUCGGCAUCUUCUCGCCAGCAAUCACACUAGUCCUGUCUGCCAUUAUCACAGCUGCUCAUGGUAACAACUUAGACACCGAAACUGCAUUCACUACCGUCGCCAUCUUGGGCAUGAUUACCCAUCCAGCAAAUAUGGUCAUGACAAUUGUGCCGAGAGCGGUCGCGGCAUUUGCAAGCUUCGAUAGAAUCCAGAGCUUCUUACUCCGGCCGCCUUUGCGUGACCAACGUGGGAGUAUAUUAAAAGCCAACACAAGGGCCCCAGAUAUAGAGCCUGCGUCUAGUCAAUUGACAACUCACCAUAGCUCAGCCAUAGUAAUCCGUAACCUAACGAUCGGCGAGAAGGCGCUGAUACUGGGGAAUAUUAACAUCGAAGUUGCUCAAGGAUCUCUUACGGUCAUCUCAGGUCCCGUUGGAAGCGGCAAGUCAACUUUGCUACGUGCGAUCCUUGGCGAAGUAGCCCCUAUUCGGGGCUCUAUCAAGCUAUCAACGAAGCAGAUUGCGUAUUGCGCACAACGGUCAUGGCUCCCUAACGGAAGCAUUAAGGAAGUCAUACAUGGAAUGGCAGGCCGUGGCGACGCGCAAUGGUAUCGUAAAGUGGUGGAUGCAUGUUGUCUCACACACGACUUUUACUCCCUGCCGGACGGUGACGACGCACAGGUUGGCAGCAAGGGGCUCAACCUGUCUGGGGGCCAAAGACAGCGAGUGGCUCUCGCUCGCGCGCUCUUUGCUAGAUGUGAUAUAGCCCUGCUCGAUGACGCAUUUAGCGCCUUGGAUGGUGAGACAGAAAACCACGUCUUCAACAACUUGUUCGGGCCCAGAGGCCUAUUUCGUCAGCUAAAGACAACCGUCGUGCUUGUCGCCAAUUCAAGCCAUCACUUUCCUGUUGCCGACCACAUCGUGAUCCUCGGUGAAUGCGGUGUAAAAGAGCAAGGGAGUUGGCAGUCGAUCAAGGCGAAAUCGGCCGCGAUAACGAAGUUUGUUCCCAACAUUCGGAAUCAACCCGGGAGUACCCCGUCGGCGAACUCUAACAGGCUCCAAGCUGAGCUUCGGGCAAGAGACGAAGCUGAGGUCGAUCUUGCCAGAAAGACAGGAGACUUCUCUCUUUACGGGUAUUAUUUCCGCUUCGUCGGCCUAGUAAAUCUACUUCUCAUUGUUGGGUGCACUGCCUCUUACUCGUUCUCCAUAACAACACCACAGCUCUGGCUUCAGUUAUGGAUGGAAUCCGGCAAUGGAAAUACCGUAUUCUACACUUGCGGUUACAUGUUCCUGUCCCUCAUGUCAUGGUCAUCAACUAAUGGAAUUAUGUGGUCUACGGUCAUUCGAAUUGCCCCCCAGUCUGGGAUACGCUUGCAUCACCGGUUGUUGGAUAUCGUCACCAGGGCGCCGCUCUCCUAUUUCUCCAACACCGACAAUGGGUCAAUUCUGAAUAGAUUCAGCCAAGACAUACAACUCCUGGACAAGCAACUACCAUCAGCACUCGCGAACACGACAAAUCAAAUUUUCAAGCUUCUCAUGCAAGCCGCCCUUCUUCUGAUGGCGCAGAAAUACCUCGCGUUAUCUCUCCCGGCCUGCGUGGUCCUAGUCUACGUGAUCCAGAAAGUUUAUCUCCGGACAUCACGGCAGCUCCGAUUUCUCGAGCUAGAAUCUCGCGCCGCGGUAUUUUCGAGUUUCUUAGAAUCUGCUGAAGGCCUUGAAACCAUCCGCGCCUUUGGCUGGCGCCGAGAAGCAGCACGGGAAAACAUCGUACGCGUGGAGAACUCGCAGCGCCCCGAGUUUCUUCUCUUAUCCCUGCAGAGGUGGCUUAAUGUUGUUCUUGACUUGCUCGCAGCAGCGAUGGCAACAGGUGUUAUUGCCAUAGCGGUCGCGUUGCGUGGCCAGGUCAGUGGAGGCCAGAUCGGAGUGGCCCUCAACGUGAUGCUAGUUGCGAAUACCACAUUGCUACGACUGGUGGAAUCGUGGACUACCCUAGAAGUCUCGCUCGGUGCCGUUUCACGCUUGAAGACGCUCGAGAGAAACGUGCCGCCCGAGGACAGAAUCGAGGAAAACUGUGAACCCCCGGCCAAUUGGCCAUCCCGAGGGCGUAUCAAGUUCAGAGGUGUCACCGCUGCGUAUCACGCCGACGCUAUUGCAUUACGGGACAUCAACUUAGACAUCGCUGCGGGGCAGAGACUCAUCCUCUGCGGGCGCACCGGCAGUGGGAAAAGCUCACUACUUCUGACGCUCCUACGGAUGCUCGAGCUGCGGUCCGGCAGCAUUGAAGUGGAUGAUAUCGAUAUCAGCCGACUGCCGCGAGACACCAUACGCCGGCGAUGUUUCGUCACGGUUUCUCAAGAUGCUCUACUCUUAUCGAACGAAACCCUGCGGUCUAAUUUGGAUCCGGACGGGAUGCUGUCGGACGAUGCUAUUGUUAGAGCGUUGGAAAGAACAGCGCUGUGGCAGCAUUUUAUUAAAGGAGACAAGGGACCUGCGGGCUCGGUUUCGGAGCCGACCGUGCCUGGCGAUCUAGCCGCGUUCCGCGACCACCCGGUCCUCGACCGAGAGGUCUCGUCUUUCCCCGAACUGUCUGUCGGGCAGUGCCAGCUCUUUGCACUGUCGCGGGCGAUCCUCAAGGUCAACGUUCUCCGGAACGACGGCGUACAGCCGAUCAUUCUCCUGGACGAAGUCACUGCGGCCCUGGAUCAUGCUACAGAGUCGACCCUCCACGGGGUUAUCGACCAAGAGUUCACCGCGGCUGGCCACACCGUCAUUACCGUCACUCAUAGGGUGGGAGUCUUGCGGGAGUAUGCGAGGCCCGGCAGGGAUACCUUGGUAGAGCUUAGAGACGGUCGUGUCUACGACGUUGUGAUCGAGAUGGGCACAAACAUCUCAUCGGAUUCAAGUCAAACUUUCUAAAUAAGAGGGACACGUGGAGGUCCAAGAGGGUGCUAGGUACAAGGGCCGAUAGCGUUAUACAGUAUAUAAUCAGAAUGUGAUAUGUUAGGCUAUUAUGUCUAUAAAUAAUUCAAAUCGCUGACUGUG